AUUAUAAUGCGCGAUGACACGGGCACAAUGUUAUAAUUAAAUAUGUACCGCACUUUAUAUAAAUAUUUAUAUGUUUUAAUUAUCUAAUCCAUUAAAAUUAAUAAUUAAUGAUCAACCUAUACACCUAGACCGACUGAUACAUCUCUUUGAAUAUAUAUAUAUAUAUAUAUAUAUAUAUAUAUAUAUAUUAGUAUUUUUCUUUUUUCUUUGAGAAAUGCACACCUUAAAUACUAAUCAAUUAUUGAAAGUCACGUAGAUAUAGAUAGUAUAGUGUUAGCAUCUUAAAUACUAAAUAGCAAAUUGCUCAUUUUUUUUAUAAUAAUAAAAUUCUGAAAAUCCCAAAAAUACAAAAAGAAAUAAUUAUAUUCACUAUAAAAAGGAUGCCAAGGCCGAACAUUGAAGAAAACACUUUACACAAACACUUAAAAGGAAAAGAGAAAAAAAAAACCACUUCCUCUCUAUUUUAUUUUUCUGUGUUCUUCCAUUAUAAUAUAAUUAUAUAAUUAACAAAAUGAUAGUUGAAAAAGAAACCGAGUCACGAGUCGAAGCUUAUUAUUCAUCGGCGAUGAACGCCAAAACCACUGGUUCAGGCGACGAAACUGUGGUUCUAGCUCACGGUUUCGGCGGCGAUCAAUCUUUGUGGGAGAAGAUCGUACCGGAGUUGGCCAAUCACUUCAAGGUUGUGGUGUUCGACUGGUCUUUCGCCGGCACCGCCGUUAAAGAUGACGGCAGUAGCCUCUUUGAUCCGGUGAAACACUCGUCGUACGAGGGUUUUGCUAACGACUUGAUCGGGUUGGUGGAGGAGCUGAACUUGAAAUCAGUUGUGUUUGUGGGUCACUCCAUGUCUGGUAUGAUUGGAUGUAUUGCUUCCAUUAAGAGACCUCACCUUUUUAAUGCCCUUCUUCUCAUCGGAGCUUCUCCUAGGUAUAUAAACACAGAGGAUUAUGAAGGUGGGUUUGAGAAGUCAGACAUAGAAGACAUCAUAUCAAACAUAGAAUCAAACUACUACAACUGGGCCACACACUUCGUUUCCCUGGUGGUGGACGCAUCCGAUCCUCCCUCAGCUGACAAGUUCGCGAAAUGUUUGAGUAGAAUGAAUCCAGAUGUCGCGCUCCAAUUGGCCAAAACGGUGUUCUAUAGUGAUGAGCGAGACAUACUGGAGAAGGUUGAGAUCCCCUGCACCAUCAUCCAAACUGGCAGCGAUAUAGUCGUCCCCAACUCCGUUGGAUUCUACAUGCAGAAGAAGAUGAUCAAGGCACCUUCAACGGUCGAGAUUAUCAGCUCAGCCAACGGUCAUUUCCCUCACCUGACUGCUCACCGUGAGCUUCUUGAUAUUCUUAGAGUCGUCCUGGGAUUUUAGACUUCUCUUUGCAGCAGCGAUGUAUAUUUUGUUUACCAAUUCUAAAAAUAGUUUAGACUCCUUUUAUUUAUUUAUUUAUUUAUUUUGGUAAAUGUUAAGUUAAUUAGUGACGUUCCUAUUAUUAUUAUUAUAAAUUAAUUAAUAUUGGUGUGGUUGUUAAUUUUGAAA